AUGGGUGAAUGCUGUAUGUCGGCUGAAGAAUUGGAGAGAAAUAAGAUACACCAGGAGAUUGAGAGACAGCUUCGCCGGGACAAGAGGGAAUCUCACCCGGAGUUAAAGUUGUUGCUUUUAGGUGAGUCAUGGCGUAUGCUAUGUAUAAUUGGUUAUUCGGCAACUUUAUGGAAAGGGCAUAUUCACCUAUGCUACUCCAAGUUGAUUUUAUGUAAUUCAAUAAUUGUUAGAAGAAUAGCCCUGGUCUAGAUAGCUUUUCGACAAUUAUUUUAAUCUUGCAAAUGAACAUUGGACUUUCCUCAAGUGGUUCCCAUCCUCUGUGCAAUGCAGUUUAGUGUAAACUCAUAACUCAACUUGUCUUUACCCUGCUAAAGAUCAGUGCCAUUUAAAGGCCCAGUGCAGUCCAAACCUAGAUUUUCCUGGGUUUUAUAUUUCCACACUAUGAGGUUGGAAUAAUACUGUGAAAUGGUGAAAACAAUAAUAAUUCCCAUAUAGUGUAAGAGCUGUUUGAAAAGACCGCCUGAAAUUUCAGCCUGUUUUGGUGGUAUGUUUUGGCCUGCCUGGAGUCAUCACCAGGCGGUAAAUGAGUUAAUAGACCAAUAAGAAAUAGAGUUUCUUUCAGUUACAAAUAAAUUGAAGCUGUGAAAGUUCAGAAUAAUCCACCAUAUUCAUGUUUAAUAAUUAAAAUAAGAUAGCCUUAUAUUUAUUUUAAAACAAUGUAGCCUAUAAACUUGCUUUCUUUAGUCAUCAAAUCACAUCAAAUUGUAUUUGUCACAUGCGCCGAAUACAACCUUACUGUGAAAUGCUUACUUACAAGCCCUUAACCAACAAUACAGUUUUAAGAAAAUAAGAGUUUUUUUUAAAUAUUUACUAAAUAAACUACAUAAAAAAAAGUAACACAAUAACAAUAAAGAGGCUAUAUCACAGGAGGUUGGUGGCACCUUAAUUGGGGAGGAUGGGCUCGUGGUAAUGGCUGGAGCGGAAUCAGUGGAAUGGUAUCAAACACAUGGUGUGAUGCCAUUCCAUUUGCGUCGUUCCAGGCAUUAUUAUGAGCCGUCCUCCCCUCAGCAGCCUCCACUGGGCUAUAUAAAGGGGUUCUGAUACCUAGAAGCUAUUUUCGGUCAUAAGAGACGUUAGAAUAAACAUUAUGUACAAAAUAAGUUACAAACAAUGCGAAAAAAACAACACAAAAUAGCACAAUUGGUUAGGAGCCAUAAAACAACAGCCAUCCCCUCCAGCGCCAUGAGAUGAACAUCUAGUCCAUUUAUCACCUCUAUGGAACAGUAGGCUGCAUCUUCCCUGACAGGACAAGUUUUCUUAUCAUAGUUGUUCUCCAGAGAAGCCCUGGGCAGUUGAAUAGGUAUGAGUCACUCCAAACCCCAUUCUCCACAUAGAAACCUGUUAAACCAGUAGAUCAUUGAGCCGACACUCAGAACAAGGCUACACUGUUUAUCUUUGGGAUUUUCAGCCCUGAAAAAGGUUAGUAUUACUGGCAGAGUAAUUACAGUCAGGCCGAAUAACAGUAGGCUAUAUUUUUUAAAUUACUGUCUGUACCUCAGCAUGACAUAGUUUAAAUGUACUGUACAAAGUGUGACUGAAUUUGUAGUCUAGGGGCGACUGAUGUUGAGUGGGCAUUAUCAUUCAUAGAACAGUCCUUCAAAACUACUUGGAGGGGGACCAAGAAGCACUUGCUGAAAGCCUCCAUCCUACCAUCACACUUAUCUAAAUAAACUGAGUUACCUGCAUCUCUCUUCUAUCCAAACUGUCAUCUAGCACAUUUUGACUCUCUGAUCAGCAGUUAUAGCUAUGUGUGGUAUGUGGACAAGUGGCAGUAGUUGGUCCUGGCUUGCAGUUGAAUGCAACAGUCAUGUGAGGCCAACUAUAUCAAAUCAAAUUUAAUUUGUCACGUACACGUGUUUAGCAGAUGUUAUAGCGGGUGUAGCGAAAUGCUUGUGCUUCUAGCUCCGAAAGUGCAGUAAUAUCUAACAAGUAAUAUCUAACAAUUUCACAACAUGUACCCAAUACACACAAAACGAGUAAGGAAUGGAAUUGAAGAAAAUAUACAUAUAUGGACAAGCAAUGACAGAGCGGCAUGGACUAAGGUACAGUAGAAUAUUAUAGAAUAGAAUGCAGUAUUUACAUAUGAGAUGAGUAGUGCAAGAUAUGUAAACAUUAUUAAAGUGACUAGUGUUUCAUUUCUUAAAGUGGCCAGUGAUUUCAAUAGGCUGCAGCAGCCUCUAAUGUGCUAGUGAUGGCUAUUUAACAUAAUAAUAAUAAUAAUAAUAAUAAUAAUAAUAUGCCAUUUAGCAGACGCUUUUAUCCAAAUCGACUUACAGUCAUGUGUGCAUACAUUUUUACGUAUACACACAUAGUCUGAUGGCCUUGAGAUAGAAGCUGUUUUUCAUUCUCUCGGUCCCAGCUUUGAUGCACCUGUACUGUCCUCGCCUUCUGGAUGAUCGCGGGGUGAACAGGCAGUGGCUCGGGUGGUUGAUGUCCUUGAUGAUCUUUUUGGCCUUCCUGUGACAUCGGGUGCUGUAUGUGUCUUAGAGGGCAGGUAGUUUGCCCCCCGGUAAUGUGUUUGGCAGACCGCACCACCCUCUGGUGGUGCAAUUUAAUGUCAGUAUUUGUCAUAGUAAAAUGAUUACUAGCCACACCGUGUUAUUGUAAUAGCUACAUGAAGGCCUACUGCACUAUUGCAGAGUUUUCACACAGUGCAUUUUACUACUUACUAUCAAAACUUGGAUUGUUCUUAGGUCAUUUUAGGAAUGCGUUAAGCAUUACAGGACAUUGAAGAAAGGUCAAACCAAUCUUAUCCUUCAGCUUUAGUUAACAAACAUCUCAAUGUUUUCCUGCUCUAAAGGUCAUGUUACUGGCCAAUAAGCCAAAGUAAUACAUGUGGAUGAAGUGGUGCCUUUAUGUAACACACACCCACAUGUAACACACACGUUCUCGUACACACACACAUACGUACAUAAACUCACACACGCACACACACACACACACACGUUUGUUUUACUAUCCUUGUCUGGACCAAACAAUUGAUUCCCAUUCAAAAAUCAUAUUUUCCCUAACCCUAAUCUUAAUCCCGAAACCUAACCCCGAAACCCCUAACCCUAAUUGUAACCCUAAUUGUAAAAUGUAACCCCUAAGCAUAAAAUAGCCUUUUUCCUUGUGUGGACCGGCAAAAUGUCCCCACUUCUGGUCCCCACAAGGAUAGUAAAACGAAACACACACACACACACACUCAGGUUUGUGCUCAAUUCACAAUUUUGGAAUUGACUCCAAUAGAGCUCGCCAGCUUGUAGUCCCAAAAACUGGAAAAUAGUUACCUCUGGUUUGUCUACCCAUUCCUAUGGGGAAAGAAUAGGGUAUUGGGAUAAAGCUGAACAUAAGGUCUGAGGUUACCAUAGGCUUAGGAGAUCUGAUAUGUUUUGUUCUAUGAGAUAAUAUCAGUCAGUUAACAUGACCUUUAUAUAUUAUGAAGCCUUUUAUGUGCUUUGUGCUUUUUUAAAAUUACAUAAAUACUUCAAAAUCCACAAAGUGUAGUUAGCUGAUGAAGAUUAUCUCAUAGAUCAAGACGUAUAAGAUCUCUAAGCCUUUGUUUACAACAGACCUUAUUUCGGCGUUUAUCCAAAAACCCUACAAAAACUCAACUUUCCCUAGGCUUUGUCCAACAAACCAUGGCAGAGUUAGUACCUACAAAAAUACUCCAUUACUAUUUCUCUCUAUUCAACUCAUGAGUUGAACUUCAAAUUGAAUUGUCCACACACCACAUGAUGUAGAAUUUGAGUGACAGGAAGUAGAAUUGAAUUCAGUGCAAUUCAAACAAAUUCCACUCAGUUAUAGAACAUUACAUUUUAGUCAUUUAGCAGACGCUCUUAUCCAGAGCGACUUACAGUGAGUGCAUACAUUUUCAUACUGGCCCCCGUGGGAAACGAACCCACAACCCUGGCGUUGCAAGUGCCAUGCUCUACCAACUGAGCUACAGGGGACUACAUGAGAGUUUCAUUGAAUCUGACAGGUCACACUUCCAGAUACCAAAGAAUAUAUGCAAUUGUCAGAUACUUUUAUCAAAAGCGACUUACAGUCAUGCGUUCAUACAUUUUACAUAUGGGUUGUAGCGGGGAUCGACCGCACUACCCCGGUGUUACUAGUACCAUGCUCCUGAGCAUGCUACUGAGCUACAAAGGAGCACUUUUCUCCAGAAACAAUGUUCAUAUACUCCUUUAACCUUAGUGCUCAGAACAGCCAAUUAUAUUUCCAACAACCAUUUAAUUUGUUUGUCUUCUUUUUGAAGACUUUAGGGUCCACUUGAGAGUUAAACUAAUACUGGGACUAAUUCUGGGAAAUGUAGUAUUUUCCCCAUAUUGAACAAAAUGUAAGCGAUUAAUGAAAUAUAAGAACUACUACUAAUAUUCGCAUACAGGUUUGUUUUCCUUGAUCAUUCAUUUUAAGAUUGUCCUGAAAAUCUAUUGUUUCAUCAAAAUUUGAUAUGUGUAUAACAACAUGUUUUAUGUAAAAUAUGUGUAUUUGUAUAGACUACACCUAAUAUAGAAGAGGCAUUUUGAAUUUCACUGAAUUCAAUUCUAUUUCCUUUCAUUCAAAUUUGAAUUGCAAUUCUGUAUCCUGUUUACUACUUAAAUUCAAGAAUUGAAUUGGAAUUUGUGAGGCAUUCUCAAUUCAAUUCUGAAUUGAGCCCAAUCCUGACACUCCUUUCCCAGGGACUGGUGAGAGUGGGAAAAGCACCUUCAUCAAGCAGAUGAGGAUCAUCCAUGGGAGGACAAGCGAGGCUUCACCAAGCUGGUGUACGGGAACAUCGUCAUUGCUGUUCAGAACAUGAUGCAAGCCAUGAAGACCCUACGGACUGAUUUCAAAGAUCACCAGAACAUUGCAAGCAGCUUGUCAGAAGAUUCAAUUUCAGCUUUAUUAUCAUACUAAUGUGUUUUUAUAAAGGGGCUUGAUGGUUCAUAAGUUUAAGUAUCAAUCUCUAGGAACAUCUACUCUGUGAAUAGGUUUUUAUUGCCAUAUCUAAAACUACAUCUCUGUGUGUUCCAGAGCCAUGCAGACAAGCUGAGCAGGGUGGAGGCAGACAUAUUGACCACCCUGGAGCCAUGGCAGGUGGAUGGCAUCAGAAGACUGUGGAGUGACCAGGGCAUGCAGAAGUGCUAUGAGCGCAGGAGGGAGUACCAGGUCUCUGACUCUACAAAAUAGUGAGAUGUGUCUUUUACUUAUAAUUCACUGUAUCACAAUUCCAGUGGGUCAGAAGUUUACAUGCACUAAGUUGACUGUGCCUUUAAACAUCUUGGAAAAUUCCAGAAAAUGAUGUCAUGGCUUUAGAAGCUUCUGAUAGGCUAAUUGACAUAAUUUGUCACGUUCGUUUAAGGACGGGUCAGACCAAGGCGCAGCGUGAAAUGCGUACAUGUUUAUUUCACCGAAAAACACACUAACAAAACAACAAACCAACGAAACGUGAAGUCCUAAGGCUAAACACAAAACAAGCCUAUUCACGGAACAAGAUCCCACAACUAACGAGUGCCAAUAGGCUGCCUAAGUAUGAUCCCCAAUCAGAGACAACGAGCGACAGCUGUCUCUGAUUGGGAAUCGCACCCGGCCAAACAUAGACAUACAAUCCUAGAAUUAAAACAUAGAUAACACAACAUAGAACACCACACCCUGACUCAACAUACCAGAGUCCCAUAAGUCAGGGCGUGACAUCAUUUGAGUCAAUUGGAGGUGUACCUGUGGAUGUAUUUCAAGGCCUACCUUCAAACUCAGUGCCUCUUUGCUUGACAUCAUGGGAAAAUAAAAAGAAAUCAGCAAAGACCUCAUAAAAUUGUUUAUAGACCUCCACAAGUCUGGUUCAUCCUUGGGAGCAAUUUCCAAAUGCCUGAAGGUACCACGUUCAUCUGUACAAACAAUAGUACGCAAGUAUAAACACCAUGGGACCACGCAGCCGUCAUACCACUCAGGAAGGAGACGCGUUCUGUCUCCUAGAGAUGAACGUACUUUGGUGCGAAAAGUGAAAAUCAGCAAAGGACCUUGUGAAGAUGCUGGAGGAAACAGGUACAAAAGUAUCUAUAGGACCUCAAUCCUAUAGAACAUUUGUGGGCAGGACUGAAAAAGCGUGUGCGAGCAAGAAGGCCUACAAACCUGACUCAGUUACACCAGCUCUGUCAGGAGGAAUGGGCCAAAAUUCACCCAACUUAUUGUGGGAAGCUUGUGGAAGGCUACCCGAAACGUUUGACCCAAGUUAAACGAUUUUAAAGGCAAUGCUACCAAAUACUAAUUGAGUGUAUGUAAACUUCUGGCCCACUGGGAAUGUGAUGAAAUAAAUAAAAGCUGAAAUAAAUCAUUCUCUCUACUAUUAUUCUGACGUCACAUUCUUUUUUUUUAUCGCACUGCUUUGCUUUAUCUUGGCCAGGUCGCAGUUGUAAAUGAGAACUUGUUCUCAACGGGCUUACCUGGUUAAAUAAAGGUGAAAUAAAAAAUCCUAACUGACCUAAGACAGGGAAUUUUUACUAUAAUUAAAUGUCAGGAAUUGUGAAAAACUGAGUUCAAAAAGGUGUAUGUAAACUUCCGACUUCAACUGUACUUCUACUAUACUUUUUUCCUUCCUUCCUUCCUUCCUUGCAGUAGUCUCUGAUCUAACUUGUUUGGAUCUUUGAAAGCUAUGUACUGUAGUUGAGCUCUUACCUCCACUUAUUUAGUCAUGUUAGAUCAGUGAUUACUUCAAGGAAGAGUGGAGGGAAUGAGGGAAGCAAGUAUUCCCCAUAUCAGUAUUUCAAAUGACACCCUAAAGGUAGUGCCCUAUAGCGGGAAUAGAGUGUGAUUUGAGAUGUGUUCCAAGUUGUUUUUAUCAGGAUGUUGGAGGUCAAAGGUCAGAGAGGAGGAAGUGGAUCCACUGUUUUGAGAGGGUCACCUCCAUCAUCUUCCUGGUGGCUCUCAGUGAGUACGACCAGGUCCUCUAUGAGAGCGCCAAUGUGGUGAGUUGUUUCUCCCAUGGUCACAUAAAGUCAAAUAAAUUAUUUUGGGUACUGUAAAAUGUACUACUACUACCAGCCAGGUAGACUCCAUUGUGUGUGUGCGCAGUAGUGUAUAAUCAAAGAUGCUGUGUGAACACUGCCGUAAGUGUUUUUAAACUUAUAUUAUUCUACCAAUAACAAAUUGAAUAUGAUCUGAAUCUCCCUACAUAUAAGAGUAGGUUAAAGUGUUUAUGUUCCUUGCAGAAUCGACUAGAGGAGAGCAAAGCCCUGUUUACAACCAUCAUCACCUAUCCCUGGUUCCAGGAGUCCUCCAUCAACCUCUUCCUCAACAAAACAGACGACCCAGAGGACAAGAUCUUACACUCCAACCUGGCAGACUACUUCUCAACGUUCACUGGUUAGUACACUAAACUAGUACACUGGUAGUCAUGCAUUUAGUUGUAUAUUCAUGCUCCAACCUUGCUGAGUACUUUCCUAAGAACAUUGGAUAGUCAUGCCUUGAUAUGUGUGUGUAAAAUAUAUUUUACAUAUGCAUGGUUGGGGUCAAUUCCACCUAGUUCAUUAGAGUUCAUUCCUAUAUAAAAAACAAAGUCCAUAUCCAAUUCAAGUGACAGGAACUGGAAUUGACCCCAACUCUGACCGUAUUAAGCACGAAGCGAUUCCCAGUGUAUUUUACGUACAUUCUUUUUCAUAAAUGUCUUCUUUGAAGGUCCCCGGAGAGAUGCAGAGUCUGCUAAGAUGUUCAUCCUGAAUAUGUACAAAGCGCAGCACAUAGGCCUGUACUACCACUUCACCUGCGCUACUGAUACAGAGAACAUCAGAGUUGUCUCCAAAGCUGUCAGGGACACAGUCUUCCAAGUAAACCUGGUUGGGUUCAGCCUGGGUUAA